CAAGGCCAGUUCCCACCUCAGCCACCAGCCUGGGCAUCCUCUAGGCGACGCACUUGGGUCUCCACCUGCCGCGGGAGAGAGGGGCGGGGCCGGGGGAGGGGCUUGGGCGGUGCCCCCGGGAGAGAAGGCGGGAGCCGGAGUGGACGCCCGAGCUGCGGCUGCUGUAGUUGUCCUAGCGGGUGCUGGGGCGGCGGACCGCGGGAGGGAGGGCUGGAGGGGCGAACGACUGGGAGACCUCAGAAAGACCAACGAGACUUCGGAGACCAGAGACGCGCCUGGGGGGACCUGGGGCUUGGGGCGCGCGAGAGUUCCCCUGCAAUCGCUGGGAGCGCGCGCGGGGAUCGUGCCAUGGCCGGGGCUCGGAGCCGCGACCCUUGGGGGGCCUCCUGGAUUUGCUACUUUUUUGGCUCCCUGCUCGUCGAACUGCUCUUCUCACGGGCUGUCGCCUUCAAUCUGGACGUGAUGGGUGCCUUGCGCAAGGAGGGCGAGCCAGGCAGCCUCUUCGGCUUCUCUGUGGCCCUGCACCGGCAGUUGCAGCCGCGACCCCAGAGCUGGCUGCUGGUGGGUGCUCCCCAGGCCCUGGCUCUUCCUGGGCAGCAGGCGAAUCGCACUGGUGGCCUCUUCGCUUGUCCCUUGAGCCUGGAGGAGACCGACUGCUACAGAGUGGACAUCGACCAGGGAGCUGAUGUGCAAAAGGAAAGCAAGGAGAACCAGUGGUUGGGAGUCAGUGUUCGGAGCCAGGGGCCUGGGGGCAAGAUUGUUACCUGUGCACACCGAUAUGAGGCGCGGCAGCGAGUGGACCAGAUCCUGGAGACACGGGAUAUGAUUGGUCGCUGCUUUGUGCUAAGCCAGGACCUGGCCAUCCGGGAUGAGUUGGAUGGUGGGGAAUGGAAGUUCUGUGAAGGGCGCCCCCAAGGCCAUGAACAAUUUGGGUUCUGCCAGCAGGGCACAGCUGCCGCCUUCUCCCCUGAUAGCCACUACCUCCUCUUUGGGGCCCCAGGAACCUAUAAUUGGAAGGGCACAGCCAGGGUGGAGCUCUGUGCACAGGGCUCAGCGGACCUGGCAGACCUGGACGACGGGCCCUACGAGGCGGGGGGGUUGCUUUUUGUGACCAACAUUGAUAGCUCAGACCCCGACCAGCUGGUGUAUAAAACUUUGGACCCUGCUGACCGGCUCCCAGGACCAGCCGGAGACUUGGCCCUGAAUAGCUACUUAGGUUUCUCUAUCGACUCGGGGAAAGGUCUGGUGCGUGCAGAAGAGCUGAGCUUUGUGGCUGGGGCUCCCCGUGCCAACCACAAGGGUGCCGUGGUCAUCCUGCGCAAGGACAGCGCCAGUCGCCUGGUGCCCGAGGCUAUGCUGUCUGGGGAGCGCCUGACCUCCGGCUUCGGCUACUCGCUGGCUGUGGCUGACCUCAACAGUGAUGGCUGGCCAGACCUGAUAGUGGGUGCCCCCUACUUCUUUGAGCGCCAAGAAGAGCUGGGGGGUGCUGUGUAUGUGUACUUGAACCAGGGGGGCCACUGGACCGGAAUCUCCCCACUCCGACUCUGUGGCUCCCCUGACUCCAUGUUCGGGAUCAGCCUGGCUGUCCUGGGGGACGUCAACCAAGAUGGCUUUCCAGAUAUUGCAGUGGGUGCCCCCUUUGAUGGGGACGGGAAAGUUUUCAUCUACCAUGGGAGCAGCCUGGGCGUAGUCGCCAAACCUUCACAGGUGCUGGAGGGCGAGGCUGUGGGCAUCAAGAGCUUCGGCUACUCCCUGUCAGGCAACUUGGAUAUGGAUGGGAACCAAUACCCUGACCUGCUGGUGGGCUCCCUGGCUGACACCGCCGUGCUCUUCAGGGCCAGACCCGUCCUCCAUGUCUCCCAUGAGGUCUCUAUUGCCCCUCGAAGCAUCGACCUGGAGCAGCCCAACUGUGCCGGUGGCCACUCGGUCUGUGUGGACCUAAGGGUCUGUUUCAGCUACAUUGCAGUCCCCAGCAGCUACAACCCUACUGUGGCCCUGGAUUACGUGUUAGACGGGGACACAGACCGGAGGCUCCGGGGCCAGGUUCCCCGUGUGACCUUCCUGAGCCGUAGCCCAGAUGAACCCAAGCACCAGGCCUCGGGCACCGUGUGGCUGAAGCACCAGCAUGACCGCGUCUGUGGAGACGCCAUGUUCCAGCUCCAGGAAAACAUCAAAGACAAGCUUCGGGCCAUUGUAGUGACCUUGUCCUACAGUCUGCAGACCCCUCGGCUCCGACGACAGGCUCCUGGCCAGGGGCUGCCCCCAGUGGCUCCCAUCCUCAAUGCCCAUCAGCCCAGCACCCAGCGGGCAGAGAUCCACUUCCUGAAGCAAGGCUGUGGUGAAGACAAGAUCUGCCAGAGCAAUCUACAGUUGGUCCGUGCCCGCUUCUGUGCCCGGGUCAGCGACACAGAAUUCCAGCCUCUGCCCAUGGAUGCAGACGGAACAACAGCCCUGUUUGCACUGAGUGGGCAGCCGGUCAUUGGCCUGGAGCUGAUGGUCACCAAUCUGCCAUCGGACCCAGCCCAGCCCCAGGCUGAUGGGGAUGAUGCCCAUGAAGCCCAGCUCCUGGUCAUGCUUCCUUCCUCACUGCAUUACUCAGGAGUCCGGGCCCUGGACCCUGCGGAGAAGCCACUCUGCCUGUCCAAUGAGAAUGCCUCCCAUGUUGAGUGUGAGCUGGGGAACCCCAUGAAGAGAGGUGCCCAGGUCACCUUCUACCUCAUCUUUAGCACCUCAGGGAUCAGCAUUGAGACCACGGAACUGGAGGUGAAGCUGCUGUUGGCCACGAUCAGUGAGCAGGAGCUGCAUCUAGUCUCUGCACGAGCCCGUGUCUUUAUUGAGCUGCCACUGUCCAUUGCAGGGAUGGCCAUUCCCCAGCAACUCUUCUUCUCUGGCGUGGUGAGGGGUGAGAGCGCCAUGCAGUCUGAGCGGGAUGUGGGCAGCAAGGUCAAGUAUGAGGUCACGGUCUCCAACCAAGGCCAGUCACUCAAAACCCUGGGCUCUGCCUUCCUCAACAUCAUGUGGCCCCAUGAGAUUGCCAAUGGGAAGUGGCUGCUGUACCCGAUGCGGGUGGAGCUGGAGGGCGGUCAGGGGCCUGGGCAGAAAGGGCUUUGCUCUCCUAGGCCCAACAUCCUCCACCUGGAUGUGGACAGUAGGGAUAGGAGGCGGCGGGAGCUGGAGCCGCCUGAGCAGCAGGAGCCUGGUGAGCAGCAGGAGCCCAGCAUGUCCUGGUGGCCAGUGUCCUCUGCUGAGAAGAAGAAAAACAUCACCCUGGACUGCGCCCGGGGCACGGCCAACUGUGUGGUGUUCAGCUGCCCACUCUACAGCUUCGACCGAGCGGCUGUGCUGCGUGUCUGGGGCCGUCUCUGGAACAGCACCUUUCUGGAGGAGUACUCAGCUGUGAAGUCCCUGGAACUGAUUGUCCGAGCCAACAUCACAGUGAAGUCCUCUAUAAAGAACCUGCUGCUCCGAGAUGCCUCCACAGUGAUCCCGGUGAUGGUAUACUUGGACCCCGUGGCUGUGGUGGCAGAAGGAGUGCCCUGGUGGGUUAUCCUCCUGGCUGUACUUGCCGGGCUGCUGGUGCUGGCACUGCUGGUGCUGCUCCUGUGGAAGUGUGGCUUCUUCCAUCGGAGCAGCCAGCGUUCACCUUUUCCCACCAACUAUCACCGGGCCUGUCUGGCUGUGCAGCCUUCGGCUGUGGAAGUUGGGGGUCCAGGGACUGUGGGAUGGGAUUCUUCAAACGGGCGAAGCACCCCGAGGCCACCGUGCCCCAGUACCAUGCAGUGAAGAUUCCUCGGGAAGACCGACAGCAGUUCAAGGAGGAGAAGACGGGCACUAUCCUUAGGAACAACUGGGGCAGCCCCCGGCGGGAGGCCCCGGAUGCACACCCCAUCCUGGCCGCUGACGGGCACCCCGAGCUGGGCCCUGAUGGGCAUCCAGGGCCAGGCACCGCCUAGGUUCCUGUGUCCAGCCUGGCUUGUGGCUCCCCUCCGCCCCUUCCCCAGAGAUGGCUCUUUGGAAUGAAGAGGGUAGAGUGGGCUGCUGGUGUCGCAGCAAGAUUUGGCAGGAUCCGCUUCCUCAGGGGCACAGACCACUCCCACCCACAAGAACUCCUCCACCCAGCUUCCCCUUAGAGUGCUGUGAGAUGAGGGCAGGUAAAUCAGGGAUAGGGUCACGGGGUGAGGUGAGAAGGGCAGGGGUGUCCUGAUGCAAAGGUUGGGAGAAGGGAUCCUAAUCCCUCCCUCCCCCAUUCACCCUGUAGAACAGGACCCCAAGGGCCUGGCUCCCUAAGAAGUGCCUUAGCCUAGAGGGUCAGGGAGAAGGCUGUGUCACUGACUCAGGGGCUCCUCCUUUUCUAGUUUCUCCUCUCCUCUGACCUGAGUUUGCUACAUCAGUCUAGUGGUUUCAUCUAUUUAUUAAAAAAUAUUUGAGAACAAAA